CGCGUCCCGGUGGAUCGGCUUCCCCUGGUGAUCUUCGCCGUGGCUCUAUCACCUUGGGCCUGGGCCGCUGCCCUCUCGGCCGAAGGGGCGUGUGGCGGUGAGGUAGCCGGUCAGCGGGGGAUCCUUGAAUGCCACCGAUACAAGCUCAGCAGGCAUCAAGACUGACAACAAUGAAUCUGGUGUGAAGACCUUUUGAUUAAGCAACUUUGUAUAGAUUGUUGGUUCUGAGCCUUAUUUUGUGGCUAGUAUAAGAGGCGCAUAUCAUUAAAAUGAAUCCUGGAUUUGUACAACUACCCCCAGUAUUGGGGAGGACUUUGCUGGUUCUGACAUUGAUUACUUCAGCUAAGUGCCAUUGGCCCAGUGAAACCUCAGAAGUUCUACGGGACUGGGAACAUCAGUUAGAAGCCUCCAUGCAUUUGGUGCUUUCGGACCUUCGUGAGAGUGCACCAGCAGUGGUGGGGAUUCCAGACAGCUCUGCUGUAGUAGGUCGCACCUUCAGAGUCACCAUCCCUACAGAACUUAUAGCUUCCAAUGGAGAGAUUAUCCAGAUUGCUGAAGCUGGAAAAGAAUCUUUGCCUUCUUGGUUGCACUGGGAACCUGAGAGCAGAACCUUGGAAGGUCUCCCGCUUGAAACAGAUAAAGGCAUUCAUUAUAUCUCAGUGACUGCAGUGCAUCUGGUAUCUAAUGGAAGCUAUGUGCCCCAAACCACCAAUGUCUUUUCAAUCGAAGUGCAUCCUGAAGAUCAUAAUGAACCUCAGUCAGUACGGGUGGCUUUACAAGAUGUGAAUGAAGCAUCGCCGUUUGUGUGUAGCGCUGAGGAACCAGUCACCAUCUUGACUGUAAUUUUGGAUGCUGACUUAACAAAAAUGACACCAAAGCAGAGGAUUGAACUUUUGAACAGAAUGAAAACCUUCUCAGAAGUGGAACUUUAUAACAUGAAAUUAGUUCCUGUUGUAAAUAAUAGACUCUUUGACAUGUCAGCCUUCAUGGCUGGACCAGGGAAUGCUAAGAAGGUGGUGGAAAAUGGAGCCUUGCUAUCAUGGAAACUGGGUUGUUCUCUGAGUCAAAACAGUGUUCCCAACAUAAGUAAUGUUGAAUCUCCAGCUAAGGAAGGCACAAUGUCUGCUCAUCUUGGUUACCCUGUGGUUGGUUGGCACAUUGCAAACAAGAAACCUAAUCUUCCAAAGAGAAUAAGACGGCAGAUUAAUGCUACACCAACGCCUGUGACUGCUGUUGGACCUCCAACAUCUGCUCCCCAAGAACCACCAAGUAGAAUUGUUCCAACACCAACUUCUCCAGCUAUUGCACCUCCUACUGAAACAACAGCACCUCCAGUAAGAGAGCCUAUACCAUUGCCUAAGAAACCCACAGUUACUAUUAGAACAAGAGGUCCUAUUAUUCAGACCCCAACUCUUGUCCCAGCUCAGCCAACCAGAACAGUAGAAGUAGGUACUAUUACUUCUGGCCAGAUUCGACCAACAAUGCCUGGGCAGGGAGAAGCUACUGCCGUUGUUACACCUCCCACAACAAAGAAACCCAAAGGAACAACUCCAAAAGUAUCAACACCCUCAACAACUGAUACAGGAACAACACGAAGACCAAGACCUUCAAAAACUCCUCGACCUCCAAAGCCUCCUCGGACUACUAAACCAAGCCUUGUUGAAAAAACAGUUUCACCACCAACUCGUUUGCGCACUACUGCAGUUGGACUUCCCCGUGUGCCCAAUGAUCCACCGGUGUUGAAAAACCAUAUUGACAGGGUAGAUGCAUGGGUAGGCACAUACUUUGAGCUCAAAAUACCUUCUGACACUUUCUAUGACAAAGAAGAUACUACCACUGAUAAACUACAACUGACCAUGAAACUGGAAAAUGAGAAAGCAUUGGAAGAAAGCUCCUGGGUGCAGUUCAAUAGCACUAGUCAACUAAUGUAUGGAUUACCUAAUCACACCCAUGAAGGCAGGCAUGAGUUUUUUAUGCAUGCUACAGACAAAGGUGGCCUUUCAGCGGUGGAUGCUUUUGAAAUAUUUGUCCACACUCUUGAAGAUGAUGAGAUACCUCCAGUUAAGUUUAAGGCCAGAUUCCAUGGAGACCAUAAUACAGUAGCCAAUGACAUAAAUAAAAAAAUUGUGUUGGUGAAGAAGUUGGCAUUUGCUCUUGGUGAUAGAAACAGUAGUACUAUUACCUUAGAGAAUAUUGGCAAAGGUUCUAUUUUAGUUGAAUGGACAAAUAAUACUCUGCCUUUGGAUCCAUGCCCCAAAGAAAAGAUUCUCAUCUUGAGUAGAAAAAUUUCUGAUGAAUCUGGAGUUCCAAGCACAGUUUUUUCAAAUACUCUAGAACCAGAAUUUAAGCCCAUCGAUAUUUCUGUAGUUGGUGCUGGUAGCUGCAAACAUAUUCAGUUUAUUCCUGUGACUAAAGAUGGGUUCCCUACAACUGUACGUCCCACAGAAAUUGUUCAGCGAGCUCCGGAAAAGACAAGUGAAGACGAUGUUUACCUGCACACCGUAAUUCCUGCAGUAGUGGUGGCAGCCAUUUUGCUUAUAGCUGGCAUUAUUGCUAUGAUUUGUUAUCGCAAAAAGAGAAAAGGCAAGCUCACUAUAGAAGACCAGGCCACCUUUAUCAAGAAAGGAGUACCAAUAAUCUUUGCAGAUGAGCUGGAUGACUCCAAGCCUCCUCCUUCCUCGAGCAUGCCAUUGAUUCUGCAGGAAGAAAAGGCUCCUCUCCCUCCCCCUGAGUAUCCAAAUCAAAACAUGCCAGAAACAACCCCACUGAACCAGGAUGUGAUAGGAGAGUAUACACCUUUGUGGGAUGAAGACCCUAACGCCCCUCCCUAUCAGCCUCCCCCUCCUUUCACAACACCCAUGGAGGGUAAAGGUUCCCGCCCGAAGAACAUGACCCCAUACAGGUCUCCACCUCCCUAUGUCCCUCCUUAAUGAACCAGAGACACCCACGGAGAUGGAGCAUUGAGUUCCACACCAGUGUUAUCUAUCGGGAUCAGUGGCCUGCAGAUCUGUUACCAACCAGAAAACCAACAUUCAGAAUCUCAAAUAUUGCCUGAUCCCAGCGGGCCCCUCUCCGAGUGCAUUUGCAAAACCAGAGUGCUUGUGGAACUUUUGGAACACUGGUUUUAUUUUUGCCUAACAGCUUAUGUUUUGUUUAUUCAUAGAGAGAGAAAAAAAACCUUCUUGGCUCAAAAUAUUUCUGACAGCAGGCGUCUCAAAGCAUUUUGUGCAAAGGGAGACUGGACACACAGGCAGCACUAGGGGUGGCACACUGGGUCGGUCUCUGCUGUUUGCCUUUAAAACUAACUGUACUGUCUUUUCUAUUCACGUGUGUCUAGCUACAGGGCAUAACAUGAAACAUAGCCUAAGAAUUAAAUUCAAAGGACUUUAUGAAA